AUGCCAGAGGAAACGAAGCCGGUGGAGAACCAGGUAGCGCCGACCACCGGCGAGUCUAGUUUUGCAGCUUUAGGUGUCUGUGCUGUGCUAUGCGAUGCCUGCCGUUUGUUGAACUAUCGAGAGCCGACGCCUAUCCAGCGAGAAGCGAUUCCAGCUGCGCUCGCCGGGAAGGAUAUUGUUGGCCUCGCGCAAACCGGCUCUGGAAAGACGGCAGCGUUCGCAAUACCUAUCCUGCAGUUUCUGCUCGAGGAUCCCCGUCCAUACUUCGCUCUUGUCCUUUCACCUACGCGCGAGUUGGCGUUCCAAAUUAGCGAACAGUUCCUCGCGCUCGGCAGCGAGAUAGGGGUCCGAGUUGCGACCCUGGUAGGCGGCAUGGACAUGGUUGGUCAAGCAGUCACGUUGGCGAAGCGGCCUCAUGUGGUUGUCGGUACCCCGGGUCGGGUAGUUGAUCACUUGACUGCAACGAAAGGUUUCACAUUGAAACAUGUUCGAAUUUUGGUGCUCGAUGAGGCGGAUCGACUCUUGAACAUGGACUUUGAAGAGGAACUGGAUCAGAUCCUCGCCGCUGUGCCCCGCAGCGAUGCUGACCCCUCCAAAGGCGAAACUUUUGCGCGCAAGACGUACCUUUUCUCAGCAACGAUGACAUCCCAGGUAGCAAAGCUGCAGCGAGCUUCCUUGCGAUCGAAGGAAACCGUGCGGAUCGAGGUAUCGGCAAAGUACUCCACGGUUGAGACGCUUGUGCAACAUUAUCUCUUUAUACCAGAAAAAUACAAAGAUUGUUAUUUGACGUACCUAUUCGAAGAACUUGUCGCAAGGCAUAGUUGCAUUGUAUUUACGGACACGCAGAGCAGUGCACAGCGCCUGGCGCUGAUGCUACGGAAUCUGGGAUACGGUGCGGUCUGCAUCCACGGUGGUAUGAGUCAGCCUAACCGCUUGGGCGCUCUGAAUCAGUUCAAGUCCGGCGAAAAGCACAUUCUUGUCGCAACUGAUGUUGCGUCUCGUGGUCUAGACAUUCCGCUGGUAGACUUUGUGAUUAAUUACGAUAUCCCGCCACACGGCAAGGACUAUAUUCAUCGCGUGGGGCGCACCGCACGCGCCGGGCGAACCGGCCGAGCGAUCAGCCUUGUUUCUCAGUACGAUGUAGAAUUGUUUCAAAAGGUUGAGAAGCUGCUCGGUCGCCAGCUGGAAGCGCUCGCCGGCGUUCAACAGGAGCAUGUGCUGCUGCUUCUGGAUCGAGUGAGUGAGGCAGCACGGCUCGCAGUGCAAGAGAUACGGGAAGAGAAACUUGUUUUGCACGCUGCUGCUCGAAAGCGACGAAUCCCUGCAGGUGCAUCGGUUUCUCGACGACGUAGGCGCAGCUAA